UUAGGCCUAAUUCAUGCAAACCAUGGGGACAAAAUUAUUGACUAUAUUCUACAGCAACUGAAGAGUGCGACAAGUGAUGUAAGUAUAUAUCGGAGUAUUAAAAUUUAUUUGAUUUUUUUUAUCGGUUUGGCCAAAGAACAACCCCAAUAUGUGCCAUGCCUGAAGAAAACAAAUAUGCACUAGGUGAACAUUAAUUUUAUUGUGGACAGCGGAGUGCCGCAGGCGUGUUAUGCAGUAGGUCGCUGGCACAUUCCCAGAGAUCACUGAAAACUGGAAUCUCAUGGCACGUGUUUUGGGCGGAACAUUUCAUAGAAUUUUGAAUACUUUAAAACAUUAGCACAAGACAGCAGAAUUCAGAAGUCGAGAAAACCAUCGUCUCGGCUCUGCAAACAUAGAAGGCUUUUCUGCUGUAAUGAUCAAUCAAUUCAAUUCUCGUAAGUUCGAUUCUCGUAGGUUCGAUUCUCGUAGGUUCGAUUGUCGUAGGUUCGAUUCUCGCUGUGCACUCUGGCAUUUACGAAAAGAGUCCGUCAACGCUCGAUAUAAUACCGAAAGUCAUGGGUUUUCUUUGAGUACUCCGGUUUCCACUCGCAGGCAAUGUAUGUUGACAGGGUUGGUUGGGAUGAGCCCCAAACUAAGCAUUCAACCGUAGGGCAUGAGUCAUAAUGUGUUUAUAGCUGCGUCUUUGUAAUUCAGCUUAACUCUCAGCCGGAAGUUGGAAUGAUUAGCAGUCCCCUCUUACUACUAAAUCUUUUCUAGAUGGUUCGUCAUGGAGGUUGUCUUGGAUUAGGUCUUGCUGCUAUGGGUACAGCCAGAGAAGGUAAUGUUCACAUGCUAACAUAUUUGUGUGGAAAUGAAUGUUCGCAAAAUGGUUCUCAGCUCGCAAAACGAGCCCAAAGGGCGAUUUUUUUAUUUCGAAUUCUUCCAAACUACCACAAGUGUUUCUAGAAAUUUUAGAAAAAAAUUUCCCGUGUUUCCAUGCAGUUAUAGGAACACGCUUCUUGACCAACCAACGCUCACAUACUAUAAAUGUUAUAUUAUAAAGGAAGUUAUAAACUCUGUUUUAUGUUAUAUAGAUAUUUAUAAUCAAUUGAAGGACAAUCUGUAUCAUGAUGAUGCCGUCACAGGUAUAAUAUUCAUUAGGGACGUUUGGAAUUUAGGUUUUUACUGUCAACCCCAAACCGCAUGGAAACACGUAACUAUGCCUGGAGGUUACGUUUUCCGUAGAUUUUACACGUUUUCGACAGCUGGAGCGAUUUUCCCCCUAAGUCAUUUCCCUCGGUGUUUUCUUUCUUUUGUUCUACUUUAAUUAAAUCUUUAUGUCCAAGUUACAUUUGGCUAUUAAGUGUUACGGCUUGUAUACGCCGAAAUUCGAUGCUACUCGUGCAAAAAGUUACGGAGCAUCGAAAACUAUAUCCAAAAUAUGCGUUAAACGACAAACUGCUAACCGCUAACGUCGAACGGAAAAUGUAUAAAGAUCUUUAGGACUCGUUGUUGUUUUUCUUAUUGCAUGACUUACUGGUUUUAUAUUUUGUUUAUUUUUUUUGUAACCAAUGGAUUUUCCUCAGUUCAAAUAAUAAAUGAACGUAGUUGUUCCAUAAAUAUUGUGUUUAUCUAAUUCUAUUUAAUACGUAAUCCUUUAAGGAAAUUAUUACAGUACUUAUAUCUCAUUUGUGUCGGUUUUCUUUGAUCGUCCGAGGUUUAUAACUAGCUAAUAAACCUUGAAUAAAUAAUUACAUCAAACCUUUCGACAAAACGCGAGAAUUUUUCAUCAAAAGUUUUUGAAAAUGACAAAAUAUGUUAGAAAACCUCCACAAAUGAGAUAUAAGUUAGUUAUAAACCUCGAAAGUCGGUUUAUAACUCUAACUUAACCGAGGGAAUUGUCCUUAGUUCUUGGGUGGGUCAAAGUCUUCAUGACAUCAGAGGUUGGGUGAGGGAAUAAUUAUUUUAUGCUGAGGUGAUGGGUGUUCACCCAAUUUCUCCUAUCCUAUAUAGUUUCAACAUUUAUCCUUCUAAGAUACUGUAGCUGUACAGUGACUUAUUGAAACUAAAAUACUUUAUUAUAGGUGAAGCUGCAGGGUUAUCCAUGGGUUUGGUCAUGUUAGGCUCGUUUUCUUCAACUGCUAUUGACGAUAUGGUUGCUGUAAGUAUGCAUUGUGCUUCAGAGCCUGAAAUAACGAUCGGUCAUCGGACAUUUUCCAACCAAAGUGAAGUUUGUCCCACCAAAUGCUAAAUUGAUUGCUAUAUUUUGUUUUUCUUUGAAGACUGGGUUAAAAGAGUGGGUUAACCAUUCACCCUGCAUAUUAUUAUUUAUUGACGUGACUUGCCCAAUGGAUGCCUGCAUGGGGGUCAAAUGAAAUCGAAAAAAUGUCCAUCAAAACUUGAAAAUUUUCGACAUUUUUUCUGGAUAAUUCUUGAACGUUGUAUCAGGCUCUGUGCUUUUACUGUCAUUUCCAAUUUAGACCUCCAAUUUCGCACAAAAAAAUGGGCGUUGUAUAUAAGUCAUGUUAGGAUGUUCUCAAGGAACGUAUUAGUUGCUUCUUAUAAUUCAUGCGAUGUUGUAUGUAAAAUACUAUAAUUUUAUCUGAUUCUGUUUCAUGGCAUAUUUUAACUCGCACCUUUGGGAUUCUGGUCCGACACUACUCAUAGAGCUAUCGUUUCAACAGGAAUUUGUGGCGAGUUUUAUAGCUGUGAAAAGGUGUACGAAGUAGUUUUGUCAUGACUUUCAAUGAAUCAAUCUGUUUCAUUAAAACUGUUUUAAAACUAAAUUAUGUAGACUGCAGAAAACGUUUCUAAUGUAUAUUUUGUAAUGUAAGGUAUUGUAACACGAUAUUAACUCGUCUAAGGCGCAAGGUUAUUAUAUAGAGAAUAAUACAUGGGUGCGCGUUGAUACCAGAUUCAUUUCGAGUGUUGAGCAUGAUAUAUCAACACGAGAAAUAAAUCUGGUAUUUCCAAGCACCCAUGUAUUUUUCUGUUUAUUAUAUAAAGGACAGUCUUUGAAAAGCGAUAAUUUUUUCAGAAAAGCGAUAAUUGAAAAGCGAUAAUUUUCACAUGUGAAAUUAUCAUAAAUAAUCUCACAUGUGAGAUUAUCAAUUUUAUCAGUGCUCGAAGUACUAUUUAAAAAACGAGUAGGAGUGUUUUAUAUCUGAUAAAACACAACAACGAGUGUUUUGAAUAGCUUAAAAUACGACUACAAAAGAAUACUAAUUAGGAUGAACCAUUAUAUAAUCAUGCUAAUUAGGAUGAACAAUUAUAUAAUGCCACAUGUGUUUUAUCAGAUAUAAAGUCACUCCACGUGACAUAUUAUGGCUGACAUGAUUUGCCACAAGGUUUAUGAAUUAUUAAUGCGUAUUUUAAAUCUCUAUAAAGCACUGCACUUUUUGCAAUAAAACAAGAUAAAAACUAGAACAGACUUACGUCGCUUAAUAUUUUGUACAUCUUGUGCAUCCGUAUCUCAAUGGGUUUCACUUGAUGUUCAGUUGCAGCCCUUUCUGAAGUUUGCUUCUUUAGAUUGUUUAUACACUGAACAGUCUGCGUAAGGAAAGGGGAGAUAAACUACCCAAACAUACUGUCAUGCCUGGCAACUUUGUGCUUGGUGUGAAAUUUCAUUGGGUGACAUUACAUGUAGCACUGCGGAUAUACAUUUUGAUAUAAAUGGAAUUAGUAUAAUUACAUAUAGGUGAUUAUUGAAAAUUCUCCACGCUGAUUGGUUGCCGUUGAGGUGAUUAUAACGCGAUAAUCACAUAAGCGAUUUUCGAAGUGGCGGCCGAAGCCUUUUGUCAAUUAAAUGACGAAGAAAUGUGUAUUUUUUAUUUUUUCCAAAUAAUCAUCCAUGAAAUUAUACUAAAACAAUUAUUCACCUCAGGCUCGGUGAUUAUCGUGAAUAAAAAGCUCGGUUUUUAUUCAUCGAUAAUCACCUCACCUUUGGCGAAUAAUUGUUAAAUAAUAGAGCCAAUAGGCAAUUCCAGCUUUUAGUUUAUGCGUGCAGGGGAUGAUGGGAAGUAAGGUAUCACAUUGCUGAUUAUGCUGAAAAAAUAAAAAUGGUGGCCGUGUAAACACGGAGUGAUAGCUUAUACUUGUAAAUAUUGAAAUAUUUCGAUUGUUUCGGCACUGAGUGCUUAUUGAGAUUUUUCAGCAUAAUCAGCAAUAUGAUACCUUAUUUCCCACCAUCCCCUGCAGGCAUAAACUAAAAGCUGGAAUUGCCUAUUCACAGUUUCUGAUUCACGAUUUCCUAUAGUUUCCAUUAUAAUAAUUUUCUUAAUCAAAAUCUGCUCAGCAUGCAACCUUAUAUAAUAUAUAUAACUUUAAAUUUCUAGUACGCUCGUGAGACAAAGCACGAAAAAAUACUCCGAGGAUUAGCUCUUGGCAUAUCUCUGGUAAGCACGACAACAGAUUUGACCACGUUUUCACCAAAGCUAACACCACAUAAAAUAGCGUAAAUUUUAUAAAACUACUAACGCUGAAAGUGGAACGUUAUCCAGCCUGUACAUGACCGUGAUCAGCUGGGCCUGUCAUGUGAUCUGUUCAUAUACAAUAAAUAUGUUCACAACAUCUCUAUCAUUCAUAGUUAUCAUAUCUAUCAUUCAUAGAAUUAAUCCGUUCCAAGCGUUUGGUUAUGAAAAUAUACGAAAUUUAAACUAGCUCGACAAUUUAGCCUUUUGCCCUUUUCAUUUGUUUGUGAAAACAGAGCCCUUACCUUGCGCCCUACCCCACCGAGUAUAUUUGUUUAAUCAAAAUAGCUUCUAAACGAAUAUAAUCUCUGUACAUUGGCUUUCAUUUCGAGAUUUCCGUAAUAUAUAGAUCUUAUAUCACAUCCAUGUCAUUCACCAUCUCAGGUGAUGUAUUCUCGCAUGGAGGAAGCUGAUGCUCUCAUCGAUGAUCUUUUCCGUGAUAAAGAUCCUAACUUACGUAUCUGCGGAAUGUACACCAUUGCAAUGGCAUAUUGUGGAACUGGAAAUAAUAAAGCUAUUAAACAGUUAUUACAUGUGGCGGUAAGUCGUUAUCUUAAAGGAAUAUGUGUACAAGAUAUAUAUGUAUACUUGAAUGGACAGCACACGCGCAUGCGGUAGCUAGAAUUACCGUAAAUUCUGUAUUAAGUGAUUAAGUCCCCCUCCCUCAAAUAGGUCACUCACUGUAAUAAGCGCCCUUUCAUGGGAAGUUUCGUAUAAGCCCGCCUCUUUAUCCCUCCCCUACACGACAACACAUGUGUAGUGAUUAGAUUUGUUGAUUGGCCCAUGGAUGUUCAUGGUAAUUUGCUGCAUGCCUCACUUCAUGUGUUUGGGCUCCUCUUACGUCCUCUUUCCACUACGCCUCAAACGUGCUUGAAAACAUACAGUAUUGUCAUCGUGCAACCACCAGUUUGUCUAUUAUCAUGGUACCUUUGGCCAUGCCCAUUUCGAUACAUGAAGUACAUGUUUUUAAUUUGAAGUAAUUUAUGAAAUAUUUUAGGUUAGUGAUGUUAAUGAUGACGUGCGAAGAGCGGCUGUCGUUUCUCUAGGAUUUUUAAUGUUCAGGUACUGUUCAUUUUCAUAAUCUUAAACACAUAACUGCAUGACAUGACCAGGCGGGAAUAAGGGCAACAUUGAGUUCAGGUCCCUUUAAUAAAGGGUUGCCUCUCUGAUAUACCGCUGUUUCUGCUGAUUUAAGAUUAUGACGUCAAAGUUUUCUGGGAAAUUCUUUGCUUUGGGUCGUGAGAAAUCUCUCGAUGUUCUGGGAGAUGGCAUGAGAUCAGGGGAGGACAUACAUUUAUAUACUGUAUAUACAAACAGUAUACAUACACUGUAUAUAUACACACGACGUUUCGAUGUAUCGUCCAUGCACGCGUCAAUUUGAAUCGCUGAACGAACUUUAUUUGAUUUCCAUGAAAGUUACUGUAUAAGGCUAAAGUAUGGAAGGCUACUCGUUACUGUAAAGUUUACACGCUACGAUUUGUUGUGUACGAUUCGUAUUCUGGCGUAUGAAAAUUACUACUGACGUCACAACUCCUCUUCGUAUAGUUAACAGCGAAAUUUGAGAUGCAACUAUUUUACGCGUGCUCAUUUGAUUACAUACGCCAGAAUACGAAUCGUACACGACAAAUCGCAGUGUGCAAACGUACCAGUUAUCCAGCAUGCGUCCCCCUUUUCACUGGCUUUAUUGGAAUCUCUUUAGAAAGUUUUACUGUACAGUUAAAUUACAUUUCACGAUAUUUUUAAUUCCAGGACGCCUGAGCAAUGUCCCAGUGUAGUAUCAUUAUUAUCGGAGAGUUAUAAUCCUCAUGUCCGAUAUGGAGCAGCUAUCGCUCUUGGUAUAUCGUGUGCUGGUACUGGACUCAAGGUAUCAUUAACAUUAAUACAUUUUAUAUACUAUAGGGAUAUACCUUGACCUAUCUUGAUACCUUGUUUAAAUUUCUGUGUUUCACGGAAGACGAUUAUAAUUGUUGGAAAAAACUAAAUGUUUUAUUCAAAUUUUAGGAAGCAGUGAGUAUUGUAGAACCAAUGACGAAUGACCCAGUUAAUUACGUCCGGCAGGUGAGGCGUAUAGUGCAACCUCCCCCCACCCUCCCGUCCUACAAUUUCUGCCAAUUUAUUACAUUGCGUAACUCUGAUAUAUUUAGAAAAUCCAUGUUCACUGAAAAUAAUACAUGCUUCUGUUUGCAGGGUGCUCUUAUCGCAAGCUCUCUCUUACUAAUACAACACAAUGAUCAUACAAAUUCCAAGGUAAUAAUGAGAUAUAUAAUUUAUCAAGCAAUUUUCAAGUAAUUAAAUGAUGUACUUCACUUUAUUUUAGGUGUCAAAAUUCCGUGAGAUAUAUUCCAAAGUUAUUGCAGAUAAACAUGAAGAUCAAAUGGCCAAAUUUGGUUCUAUCAUUGCGCAAGGAAUUUUAGACGCUGGUAUGUUCCUCAAAUCAUGUAUUACCACUUUUCAUGCUAAAUCACAUAAAAUUAAUUAGGGGUGCAUCAGAACCAAUAUUUUAAGUUUCGAUCUGGCCGCCACUUGAGCUUAUUUCAUCAUUUAUGGUUAAACGCUAUUUUAUCUGAUGUGAGAAAGGCACAAACUUAAAUUCAUGAAGGAUGUACUAAAAAGUUGGAAUAGAUGUCGAUGGUAGUAUGUCUAUGUAAUGUCUCAAUCAAUUCCAUGGGUGCCCAACACCCCCCCGGGCGUUUGUCGGGCAUUCUCAACUGUACUUGUUCCCAGGGUCGGGCAUUUGCUUUCUGCAGGUUAGCCCCGGGGUGGGGAAUUUGCUCGAGGCUAAAAAGUCGAAUAUUUAUCGCUUGUUUCGCCAUUUAGCCGUACUUUAGUACGCAUGUUUACACCAGCGUGCGUAUCGCAAAUUAAUCAUGGCGGAAUAACACAAGACUUUUUUCUUGUCCAUCCUGUUGAUACAUUGACUUACUUCUGCAGUUUGAUAUUGCUAUAUAAAGUUUUGAGACUUCAAUAUUUUAAUUAAAAACGUUUUAAAACGAAAUGCCUAUAGAAUCGAUUUUAAAUACAGAUAAAUUGAUACGUGAUAGAGCUUGGAUUCGAUUUUUUGGAUCAGAAAUCCUCAGAAAACUUAUAUUUUGUCCCCCAAGGGUGGGGCAUUUGCGUCAAUAUAAGUCCCCAAGGGUGGGGAUUUUGUUGCAUUAUUUGGACCCCAUACUGGGGCAUUUGCAACGUUUUUUCGCCAAAAUGACAAAAGCCCGACAAACGCCCGGGGGGGUGUUGGGCACCCAUGGAAUUGAUUGAGACAUAAUUAGAAUGGUGUCAGUAAUGCGAUCUGUUCAAAAAUAAAGAAAUUAAUUGGUGUCAUUAAUAUGAUCUGUUAUUCUUUUCUCUAAUGUCUAAUGCAAACAUAGUUCCGGUUUAAUCAUAACCGGGAUCAAAACCCUAAAAGAUCAGUGUUGCGACCGGAACUGAGUACCGGUGCACCCCUAAAUUUAAUGUAAUAAAAUGUCGAUUGAUCGUUGAUUAGGUGGAAGGAAUGUGACAAUUUCUCUCCAAUCUCGAGCUGGUCACACACAUAUGAUGUCUGUGGUUGGAUUAUUAGUCUUUACUCACUAUUGGUACUGGUUCCCACUUACACAUUUUAUCUCUCUGGCUUUCACACCCACUUGUCUUAUUGGUUUGAACUCUGAUGUCAAGGUAUAUAUUGUCUUGUUUAUUAAACUGAUUAAUGCAUUUGGGCGUACUUAGUGAGCAGAGUGAUCUGGGGACAUUCCACUCAGUCGGAAAAUUUUGAAAUUUAGCUUAUCGAAAAUUCUGUUUCCGUGUAGGAUUUCUAUGUGGUCAUUUUUUAUAUAUCGUAAGGUUGUAAUAUCUUUUUGCCUCAUGCUUUAGGCAAAUAGCCUUUUCCCAAAAGAGAUCACAGUGCAUUCUGGGAUCGUUUGGAGGGACAAAAUAUAUGGUGACAGGCGUCAAAUAUGUGAAAGAGUAGAAGUAUCUACUAUCAAAUAUCAACUUUUUAGAUGACUACUAUGAAAAUGAAAUAUCUCCUUUUUACAUUAAACUUUUAAUUUAAAUGUUUGCUGCCAUAUUUCUUGUCCCUCCAACUUGGGAUUUGCGCGACUAGACCCAGGACGUUGGGAAAUGGCUAAUUGUGCGCUUGGUCAUCGCAAUCCCUCCCCGCGUCUGCCAAUGAGUGUGAACUUUUUGAAAGUCUUUCCCAACGAAAUCUUUAAAUACCUCGUACUUCAAAAGGACCUAGUGAAAUCCCGAGAGGGUCUUUAUCUAUGCAUUGUUCUGAAAACGUUAAUACAGUGUCACUGACUUAUAAUACACAGUUUAGUAUGCUGUAUCCAGUGUAAUCUUUAUAGUACUAGGCAUUGUGUAUGCUAACAUAAAUACAUCCUCUUGCAGAUGCCAAAAAUGAAAUUUAUAUCCAAUGCUAAACCGUCCCUGUUUGCUUACCCCGAAGCUCUGAAACCGCCCAAGAAAGAAGAGAGGGAGAAGGUUGAGAAUCAUUCUGUUCAUUUUUUGAGAAAAAUUAAGAAGGCCUCCAGAUAGACAUUGAAACAUUUGGUGUCCAAAAUAAACAAAACAUUUGGUAUCCAAAACUGAAAUAUACAUUGAAAGCGUUUAAUGAAAGAAAAAAGUGAAUGUGUCGUCGCAUUACUUGCUGCAUUAGUUUAAUUAAACAUUUUAUUUUUUGUCCAAUUUUAUUUUGUUCUUCUUGCUUCAGGUAACCAAAGCUGUGUUGUCAUAUUCUUCAAAAGCCAAAAAGACAAAGAAAGAUGCGACGGAAAAAGAGGAGCCCAUGGACGUGGUAAUAAUCUCAGUCUUCGCUGCCUUUAUGCCCUCGUUCCUUUGCGGAAAGGUCACUGACGAUUUUGCAGGGCCUGUUUAGAUUUAUUGCUUCACUACAAUUUUUACAAUCAUUCACUCAUUAAUUACUUAUACUUGUACUUGUACUUGAUAUAUAUAAUAAACAAUCUUGUAGGAAUGUAGGAUUUAAGUUUUUGCCUGUGAAACUUCAGCCAAUCACAACGUCGCUUUAAACCAAAAUCUGAUUGCUCAGUUGUAUUUUUCCUAGCAACGCAUAGCAACUACUCUGGUUAUGAAAACUCGAUAUGUUUUAUAAGAUAUACUGAGUAACUGCGCGUUAUAAAAUUAUUAAUAAUCUCUGAAGACUAGUGUGUUCUAGCCUAACGCAGUUUCUGUUUUUUGUAGGAUAAUACUAAAAGCCAAAAGGUAAGAUUUACCAGAUUUUAAUUCAAAGCUAGCCAUCUUGAAUAUGUUGGCAACAUAGGACAUGAUUUAUUGAUUUUGCGUACUUGACUAAGCCUAAUUUACCAAUCAUGGAAGACCAACAUUACACCCUGAUAUUGGGAAAUAGUUCUUGUAUUAAAUAACAAGUAGUUUCGCAGGUACCAGGUUUAAAACAGGUACGAUAUAAAAACAGUAAUUUUAUUUCCUAAACUUGUGGUCUGAUUCACUGAAAUACUGAACUGUUAAGGCGGUUUUCCACUAGGCGAAAUUUUUCGAAACUUUUCCACUAGGCGAAAUUUUUCUAGUUGAAACCGCCUUUAAGGUCCGUUUACAUUUGCAAUAUUUGAUGCGAUUUUAGGUGCGAUUUUCUUCUGAUGGAUGUGAACGAGUGAAUGAGUAAUGAAUGUUCAGAUGGGGGUAUGUAUACUCAGAACAUUCAUAACUCAUCUACUCCUUCACAUCCAUCAGAAGAAGAAAAUCGCACUAGAAAUCGCUGCAAAAAUUCCAAGUGUAAACGAGCCUUUAAAUUUGUACUUAGAGACAGUUCCGUUAUGCACGGUUUGAAAAAAUAGUUCUUACAGUUCAGUUAGGUCGUUUGAAAUCCUUUACAAUGUUAAGGGGAGGAUAUUGCUCAUUAUCGAAUUCUUUCCUCCUGGCUGCCCUGUUUUAUUUGACCUCGACCAAAGCAAGGGACAACAAGCACCUAUGAUAGGACAAACUUGUACUUUGAAAAGACUAUCACCUCCUUUUCCUUGACAUUUGCUUGUAAGCAGUGGUGGACACUUCGCGAAAUAUGGGGCGAGGGGGGGGGGGGGCGAAUUUAAGUUGCCACCAUAUGAGCGCCUGACACCCCAAAGUGUCUGUCAUAGACUUUCGCAAAGUCCUUCGUCUUUGUUUAGAACGAAGUAAUUUUAAAGGAAGUAAUUUCUUGAAGAGUAAGGAAUUUGCGGAAGUCAAUUUGACUUGUGGCAAGUCUAUGUCUGUCACUGCUUGUAAGAUUCAUUAGUCAUUACCUUACAAAUAAGAGACAAAUCUUCUAAUAUAAACCGUCACUGAAUCAAAUAUUUGAUGACGCAAACAUCAAUCAACUAAAAGAUUAUUUCCCAUCAGAAUAAUGAAAUCAGUCGUUUCAUUUACUGACUGUAUUUCGUCCAUAAUAUAAACCAGGAGAAAGAGAAAGGGAAUGAGAAGGAAAAAGAUGAAGAUUCCAGUGUAGAAAAAGAUAAAAGUGAGAAGAAAGACGCUGAUGAAAGUAAAAAAGAAACAGAACCUGACACACAAAUGUUAGAUAACCCUUCUCGGGUCAUGCAGGCGCAGGUUAGGUUUUGCUUGAAUAUAUAACAUUUAAAAUAUAGAAAAUAUUUACCCUCUCUCCUUUGAGUUAUGGCCAUAUAACCCAUGUUACACAUGCACGAGGCAAAUUUACCGCGACCUGCAACGCAAUUUUGUACACAGAGCAUUGUUAUGUAGAAAGUAUUUGUAGGGACAUUUUACUCCGAUGGUGUUUUCUUACUGAACAUACGGUUACCCCUACCUUCUCCGCAGGCCGUAGUGAAUUCCCCAAUCUCGUAAGACAGAGUAUGACCGAUCGCAGGCUGGAAAUCGAAAUUUGAGAAAUCGAGGGCAUCAAGAAAAAUAUUCGAAUGCAAGACAUUGGAAAGUGAAACGUGGGUAAUACUAACCGCAACUCGCUGUGAAUUUUUUUCUACAUAACAUGGUUUUAUGUCAGAAUUUGCGUUGCAAGUCUAUGUGACUGUGAAAGCAAUUGCGUGGCCAGUACUAAAACACGCGUGGGUGUGCAAUGGGAGAAAGAAUAAAUUGAUCAGAAAGAGAACAUCGCGAAGGGGAAUGUUUCCCGCAACUUAGAGUUCUUUUAAACUUGCUUUUUCGUUCAUAAAAUUAGACCAAUUUCGUGACCUAGGAUGCUUUCCAAUUCCCCAGUCAGACCAAAAAUUGCGUCUCAAUGCUGAUUGGCAAGAUCUGGGCAUGUGUAUUAUUUUGUACGUUUUAACUUUUUUGUUAUUUGUAUAAAUUUCAACCAUACAAUACGUUUAUUUUGUGUGUGUUGGUGUUAUGUACUCAGGUGAAUAUGAUGUUUGUGAUGUUACUCUGAGUGUGCAUCCACACCAGGCAAGCUGAAAAGUUAGCUUGGCCACCGUGGGAAUCGAACCCGCGACCUUUGAGAUACUAGUCCAAUGCUCUGCCAACUGAGCUACGUGGUCUAGUUCCUUCGAUAUCAGUGUAUUAUAUGAUCAUAUAGAAUACACUGAUAUCGAAGGAACUAGACUCAGUUCCGAAACAUCAUCAACUCGAAUCGACUUGACCACGUAGCUCAGUUGGCAGAGCAUUGGACUAGUAUCCCAAAGGUCGCGGGUUCGUUUCCCACCGUGGCCAAGCUAACUUUUCAGCUUGCCCGGUGUGGAUGCACACUCAGAGUAACAUCACAAACAUCAUACAAUACGGGUUUGUUUUUUUAUUUUUUUAUUUAAAUACUCUCUUUCCGUACGUAAACGAUCUGACUCCGCUAUCAUGGAUUUCAUACAAAUGGGAAAUGGACCUACUCCUUUCGUAUUCCAUUUAACAAUUUGAUAGACGCGGGUGGAAAGCGCCCUAACAUCAUGAUGUAUUCUCAUUAUGAUGUAUUUUCUCAUUGCACGAAACGUUCAGGUUGGCCCAACAUCAAUUUGACCGGAAGUUCACGAUAGGUGUGGAAAAAUUUGAUAAGUUUAUGUUGAGCCCUUUAAAUAAUAUUCUUGGUUCUAUUGUUUAAUUAAUUAAGACUAUUUGUCUAUUGGCGUAGUGGGAAUUAUCCGCGUUUUUAUCAAAUUAUACCAACAUGGCCCUUACCAGUCCGUAAACGCAUUUGCAGGAACAUACGAUAUUAGGUCGUAUUAAAAGUCGUCUUAAUAUUCCUUGUGAAAAAUACCGAAUAUUUGAUUUUACUAUGUUGUUUCUUUAUUUCAGCUUAAGCUUAUUAGCUUACCAAAAGACAGCAGAUAUUCUCCUUUAAAGCCGGUAAGUUCCCUAAAUAUACAAAUUAAAAUAUACUUCAGAUUGACAAACAUGUUUUGCUUAUCGAUUAUCAGGUUUGGUGACAAUAGGAAACAGCACUACGUAAAAACGCUCUUAAGUAAUGGUUAGAGCAUGGCCACGUGUGCUCUAUGGGAUAUAGAGUCCCGAGAAUUGGUUAAAAGGUCACGAGGGGCCCCCGAGUGGCCUUUUAACUAAUUCGAGUGACCAAGUAAUCAUGCUCUAACAGUCUUAGAGAAUGACUGCAAUUAAAGGCAAUUAAAGUUAUAAUGUUUGACAGAAAAGUGCACUUUAAUUAUUUGUGUAUUCAUGCUUACAAUUACGAUAGUGUGUGCAACUCAACUGUACGAGAGUGGCGAGUUUGAUGAGCCAACAAUUACAAAGUAAGGACACCAUGCAGCAUUUUCGUUAUAAUUAUAGAAUUAUUUAGAAUUAACACGCAUGCACAUACACCAAUUCCCAAAAAAUAAACUAACUUCAAUACGCCGAAGUUCGAGUCAUGAUUCAGUACUGUUCAUUUCACUCAAAAUUCAAAUUCAAUGUAUAGUAUCCCCAUGCGUUAACGUCAUCACCUGUACUUUAGACAAUACGUCUUUCCUUUGCUCUUUCUUCACACACUUCCUUUUGCGACAACUUCGUUUGAUUCUAUACUUUUUGUCUACUUCCAAUUGACUCAUUUGUGCUUGUAAGGCAUCUGAUACUUUUUGCUGAAAUUCAUCGCUUGGCCGUUAAGCGCCGUUUAUAACUUCGUACUAGCUGCCGUACUUCUGUGUCCCGUUCUCGCCAUAAUUGUUGGCUCAUCAAACUCGCCACUCUCGUACAGUUGGGUUGCACACAUUAUCGUAAUUGUAAGCAUGAAUACACAAAUAUAAUUAAAGUACACUCUUCCAUCAAACAUUAUUAUAACUUUAAUUGCCUUCAAUUCCUUCGUGGAUGCAGUCGUAUGGCCCCUCGUGACCUUUUAACCAAUUCUUGGGACUUUAUAUCCCAUAGAGCACACGUGACCAUGUUCUAACCAUUACUUGGAAAUUGCUAUUGGUGGAUUUGGUAAAAGUACAAUACACACAUUACGGUGAAGGACCGUAUUUAUGAAUAUAAACGUUGACUAACAUGUAGAUAAUGAGUUAUAUUGUUAUUCUAAUGCGUUUCACAGCCAUCUUCCCUUCGACAGGCUAUGGUCUAUCAGCAUGAGAUUCCCCCAUCAAUUUUCUAUGAUCCCUUACUGCAAAUGCAUUCGCCCAAUCUAUCUUAUAAGUAUAAUGUUAAUCUGUAAUAAAUUCAGGUGAGUGUUGGAGGUGUAAUCAUGAUGAGAAAUUCCCGAGUGGAUGAACCUGAGGAGCUUCUAGAACCUUUACCAGGUAUUUUCCAGUAAAUGUAGCCCACGUACACGCCAAAAUGUAUUUAUAGAUCUUUUGAUAAAUGCUAAUAAAAGUCAAAAUAAUGAGUGACUAGAUGAUGGGGAGAGUACUGGAACAUUCUGAUCACUGAAUCGGACCUGGAUAGCACUAUUAUUAGGAUAAGUGGCACGCAAAGCCAUUACGUCCUUCAAAGAGACUUUUGGCGAUUUCACUGAGUUCAGUUGUUUGGAUGUCAUGUGUAGUUUAUUUGGAUAAUCGGCCAUGAAUAGCAAAAACGUUCGACCAUUUGGUGUUUUUGCUUGUUAUAAAUAGCCGAUUGCUCACCUUUAUAUAACACCACAUCGUUGUCGUUUAGGAUUUAUACAAAGGUGCCAUCCAGUCACGAUUCAGUGAUAGGAAUGUUCUAAUGUUUCUUCCUUUGCAAAUUCCACUGUUCCCCAUGUCAUCAAGUCACCUAUUGUUUUGAUUAUUUGCGAAGAGCCUAUUACAUUGUCAGGCCCAACUUCAAGCUAUUUAGUAUGGUUGUUUGGUGUUCACUUCAGUGAAUUCGGCAAGUGGCUGGUUUCGUUUGUGUUUCGCUUGUGACUGAUUAAUUAAUUUGAGGAAUAUCUUUAAUCCACCUUGGUUAAGAACAAUGACUGUUUCAUUGCAGCUGCUAAAACACCCAGUAUGGAUGACGAAGAGGACGAGCCGGAACCACCUGAACCAUUUGAAUAUGUCGACGAAGAUUAGAGACAAUACAUACUCUUGCAUGGUGUACAUCUUUACUUUAUACUGUUAUUUGACUCAUUUUUGAAUCAACAGCUGGGUUUCACUUAGUGGAGCAGUACAUGCUGAUCAACUCUGCAUGAUGACCGUAGCUGGUGACAAUUAAAUGUAAUGGCAAGUAAUCGCUCCAAUAACUACCAAUACAUUAAUUAAAGUUAAGCACAAGGUUUAGCACCAUAUAACGGCUCGUUUACACUUUCUGCUGCGAUUUCUAGUGCGACUCUCUUCUUCAGAUAUAUGUGAAGGAGUAGAUGAAUUGUGGAUGUUCUGAAUAUGCGUACCCUCAUCUGCAUUUAUAAUAUAAAAUUCAUCCAGUGCCGGAUUAUCUAAGGGACAAAAGGGGCAUUUGCCCCGGCCCUAGAUUUCCAUUGGCCAAAAAAAAUCGAACAAAAAAUCAUUUAUAGUUUUCCUUCAAAAGUUUAUAUAAUGUGAUCAUCGAAUAAUUAAACUCGUUGGUUAAAGCAACCUCACUUAUACCUCGGUGUUUACAGUAACAAAUAUAUGCAAUGUAAUAUUGGAAUUUAUUAUAUGGACAAUGGUGUUUUACUGGAAACUAAAACACUGGUAGAACUCAUACGUCACUACAUCUGGGACCAGGUGCGCGUAUUUUCAGGCCUUAAAAUAUCGGUCGGUCACGGACAUUGUCCGACCCAUUCGUGAAAUUGUCCGACGUACAGAGGAAACCACCGGACAUUCUGUCCGACCAAAGUGAAACGGAGGUCUGUUGUUUGUCCGACCGAACUGUUACUUUCACGCCUUUGUCCAACGUAAAUCAAAAUGUCGACGGCGGCGAGCGAAAUUGUGAAGUGGAAAACGAACUUAAGCGUCAACAUCUUACUGUUGUUAUUGGCAUGCAAUUUAAUUUUAGCUUGGAAAUAAGUAUGAAUAUAUAUUUGUGUCAUUCAGAUUUAUUUCCAAACUAAACUAAACUGUUGGUCAUCAGACAUCAUCAUACAUAUGUCCAACUCAAAGUCAUCGGACAUUUUGUCAGACGGCCAUGAAAAACAUAUUUUAAGGUGGCUCCCUAGGGUUUUAUUUCCGGGGGUUACGUUCUUCGUAUAUAUGUAAACUAAAACUCGUGUGACUUCAAAAUACGAACGAACGUUGUGUUUUAUAUGGAACUCUUUUUUGAAACAAAAGUGUGAGCUUUGCUUCAGUUGAAAGCAUAAAAAAGUUCUAAAAGCCAAAACGAUACUUGGAUGUGAUGUUCAAAAGAAGAUAAUGUAAACUUGUUUUUUUUUCAAGCGGUAUUCUGGAUGUUUUUUGAACCGCCGUACGCGAGGUUCAAUCGUGAACAUUGGGAUAUAAAGUUUCCUCAAGAAUUUGCAGUGUUUUCUCCACAAUCUAGCAGCACUUAUGACAAUAAAGAUGACUUAAAUAAUGAGCCCUCUACGGGUGAAAUGAGCAGGGCCGAAACUCCAAACAUAUCGCUAUAAAAACUGAAAUUUGAACGGGCAUUUUGCGAAAACAUCCGACGAUAGUACUACUCGCACGGGACGAAUUUUGACAAACAUUUUUCAAAUUAAUACCAAGAAGUCAUAACCAGUAAUUACCUAAAUAUCUUUGCCAUUUUUACAUGUAUAAUCCACGCUUAGUUGACCAUUAACCGACACAGUUAUAAACAGUAUAUCGAACAUAAUUUAUAUUUUGUGAUUUCGAAAAAGUCAUGCCUUGUUGUUUUAUGCAGAAUGCAUGUACACGUCAGUGGGGUAUUAAAUUGUUCGCGUAAAAAUCUAGUAAAAAAUGCCAAAAUUGAACCCAAAUUUCUCCGUUUUCCUUCGGUAAAAUUUUUUAAAACUUUGCACAUUUUUUAAUAUCGGUACAACAAGUGCAAUAUCCUUUUUUCCUAAAAUUAAAUCGAAGGGAAAAUUUUUAAUAUUCAUUUUUGACGUUUUUUAAAUUUUCUAAGAAACGUAUCGAUUUAAUUUUUUUAAAUUGAGGGGAAAAAAUCAUUAUACAAGUAUUAUCUUUUAUACAAAGUUUUAAAAAAUUUCACCGAAGGAACUUUUUAAAAUGACCUGAAAAAGACAAAUUAUGAGCUUUAUUCUAAGCAUGCUGUUGCCAUGACAACAUGUUUUUAACACAAAAGUAGCAAUUUGUAAUGUUCAGGAGAACAUUGUCAAUGUGUCCAAUAAAUUUCGUCUUCAUAUCAUGUAAAGUAAAGAAACAGGAGUCUCCUGAAUUCUAUAGUGUAGUAAAUUAAAAAACCCUAGGGAGCCACCUUAAGGCCUGGUAUUUUCCGUAUUUCACUCCUGCUAUAGUGACAUACGAAGUUCGAAAAUUUCUCGCUAUUUUCAUUGUUGUUUUGAAAAUACAAAUGGUAAGUCCAUAUAAUAAACAGAACAUUAAACGGUUGCGAGAAGAUAUGGAUUUAUGUUCUCGUGUCAAAAACAAUAUCUCACGAGUGAGCGUAUCUCGCUCGUUCGCUGCGCUCACUCGUGAGAUAUUGUUUUUGCCAAACAUAAAAUCCAUAUCUCUUCGCAACCAUCUAAUAUCCUAUAUAUCUUCACCGCUCAACCGUGCAUUUUUAAUAAAAACAUUUCCAACCAUACAGCAUACGGUCACUUAAACAAAACUAACUGAAACAUUUUCUAUUUGGAGGAACUGCAAUAUAUGAGUUUUAUAUGUCCGAUCUAGCCGUCGAAAUCGGACUUUUUUACAGCCACAAGCAUGAAAUUCGCAUUUUGUGACCCCUGGAAAGGUUAAUCCGGCACUGAACUCAUCCACUUGUUCAUGUCUACCAAAAGAAGAAAAUCGCAGCAAAACUUGCAAGACGUGAAAAUAGGCCAUAGGGCUUGUUUACUCACUGAGAUCGUCCGACCACGAGUAAAUUUUUUGGCCUUCGUGGGUACAAUUUACUUAACCAUAUUAUAAAGCAUGCGUCAGGUUCUAUUUCCUGACGAUUCUCCUAUUAUCAAAGUAUAGUUUACUGAAAUAUGUGCAUGUUUUCUGAAAUUACACUGAACUUUUUUCAAUAAAUUUCUCCAUUUUCUGAG